AUGUGUAACAAUGUUGAGGAAGGAGGGUUAAAGGGACUCUAUAACCUCCAAUGGCUAAACGUCAGUGACAAUGAAUUGUUUGUAAUCAGUGAAACAGUUAUCCAAUCCCUUUUAACCAUGAAAUAUCUGGAUCUGUCUGCUAACCUUUUAACAUGUGAAUGUUCUAAUUACGGUCUUAUCCAGUGGAUUCAAAGCAGCAAACAGACACAGGUUGUUAAUGCACAUCAGUACACUUGCGCAUUUCCUGUCAGCCAAAGGGGAAACAAAUUCCUGGACUUUGGUUUUGACUCCUGUUGGAUAGAUGCUGCCUUGCUCUGCUUCCUUUUUAGCUCUAGUCUAGUUAUGCUUACUCUUCUCGCAUCCUUCAUCUACCACUUCCUGAGGUCACACCUCACCUAUGCCUACUACCUCUUCCUGGCCUUUCUCUAUGAUAAUAAGAGGAGGAAGAAAGGUAUUCCUCACAGCUACGAUGCCUUUGUCUCCUACAAUGUUCAUGAUGAAGCU